CCCAUCGACAUGGCUCACUUCCAGUUCCUCAGCGUCGCCUCCAGUUUGCUGCUCCUCCUGGCUCCCACCUGGGCGGGAUUGAUUGCCCAGCCGAGCCUUAGCUAUGCCGCCGACGAGCACGCGGUGGCCCACACCCAGCAGAAUGUGGUGAGGAGCUUCGACGGCACCGUUUCCCACUACGCCAAAUCGGUGGCCACGCCCUACUCGCAGGUCCACAAGCAGGACACCCGGAUCAGCAACAAUGUCUACCAGCCGGCGGUGGCCAAGACCUUCAGCUAUGCCCCGGCUCCGGUUCCGGUCUCGGUCCCAGCUCCCGUCUACAGCCACAGCUCUCACCAGGAGCCAUCCCACCUGUUCACUCAGGCUUCGCCGGUCUACCACCAGCCUGCUCAGGCCCAGGCUCCAUCUGUCUACCAUCAGGCUUCUCCAUCGGUUUACCACCACCCAGCUCAUUUGGAGACACCCUCGGUCUACCAUCAGCCCGCUCAGGUGCAGAGUGCUCCGGUCUACCACCAACCUGCCCACGUGGAGGCUCCUUCGGUCUACCAUCAGCAGCCCGCGCACUACAGCCACCAACCCGCCGUCAUCCAGUACUCCCCUGCGGAGACCGUCUCCCACAUGACCUUCGAUGGUUUCGGUACCCACUAUGGAUUUUAG